GUUCUACUAGGCGCACGUAACGUUGCAUAUACAUACGACGGGCGACGGCGGCCGUGCAGUGCGCCACAGGUGCGUGUGUGCAGUUCCUUCCUCGAUCCAUCGAUCGAUCCGUGAAGAUGAAGAACCCUGCUCCUGCUAGCAGUAGUAGUGUAGCUGUAGAGGUGAAGAAGGGGUCGUGGAGCCCCGAGGAGGACGCCCUGCUGACCAGGCUGGUGGAGCAGCACGGGGCCCACCGCUGGAGCCUCAUCAGCGCCGCCAUCCCCGGCCGCUCCGGCAAGUCCUGCCGCCUCCGCUGGUGCAACCAGCUCAGCCCCGACGUGCACCACCGCCCUUUCACGCCGCACGAGGACGCGCUCAUCCUCGCCGCCCACUCCCGCUACGGCAACAAGUGGGCCACCAUCGCGCGCCUCCUCCCCGGCCGCACCGACAACUCCAUCAAGAACCACUGGAACUCCAACCUCCGGAGGUGCAGGCGCCGAGCGGCGGCAGCGGCGGCGGCGGCGGCCUCCCGAGCUGCUGCUGCUGCUGGCCCAUGCAUCGCGAUCGGCCCUCAGCAGGUGCAGGACAGCGACGACGUGGUUCCUCCUCCUGCUGCUGCUGCUGAAUCUGAACAUCAUCAUAGUCCGCAGCAGCUAGUGGCUGUGGUCGCUGCUGCUGGUUUAGGGGGCGGCAACAGCAGCGUUCUGCCUGCAGGGACCGCUACCGCCGAGGCCGAGCCGUCUCUGUCCCUGAGCCUUGGCCUGCCACUGCCAGCAGAAGAACCAGGAGCCGCGGCUGACGAGGAACGCCGCAACAGCCAGCAGGGCCACGGCCAAGCAUCGCCACCGGUGACGCUGCAGCAAGGAGAAGGAAACGCGCAGCUGUUGGCAGUGGUGCGCCAGAUGGUCAGGGAAGAGGUGCAACGCCAGACGGGACAGCUCGCCUACUCGCUCAUGGCCGCAGCAGCAGCAAAAGCCAAGGGACACCACCGUUAAUCUGUGAUCUGUUGUGCAUGUUGUUACUGCUUCCUUGCAUUUCCCCUCCUUUCUCCUCUGCCAAUUGUAUUUUGUUUUUCCUCCAUUCCUUCUUUUUUUUUGCGAUCUUGUUGUUUCGUUUAUGCGACUGCAAUUGGGAUCCUUUGGCUA